CGUGCAGCGAACGAAACGUUCGUGCAUCAAAGACUCGAGGCGCCAGUCGCGUGUGGUCUCCUACGUGGCCAUCGUCUGAUGCAACCAUCAACCACCAUCACCGCUGACCACGAUGUCAUGUGCGGCGCGGCGCAAGAUUGAGAUGCGAACGGGACCCACUUCACACCAAUCUCCCUGAAAGCAACCACUAGGGGUCGCGCGGAUCCCAGGCUUGCGACUCCACGCGCCCUACAUCGGACGGUGCAGCAUAUCCUUCAGUACUCAUCCGGGAGGGUCCCGUGGAUCCAUUGGCCUCUCUGAUGCUAUCGACGAACGAGUCCGAUGGCUACAGGCUGCAUCAGCUCCAGAGACGGCUCGACUCCGUGCCCGCCUCGACAAUCAUCCUGUCUAGCCUACCCUUCCUCUUGACAUGGAUCGCAGCGAGUGCAAUCGCGCAGCAGCGACUCUUCCCGCGCCUGGCAGGCGACGAGACGCAGAAGGUAGGGUUGCCGGUCUUCAACAAGGACACCUUCAAGCCUUCUACGUACAAGCUGCGCGAACGAUUGGUGAGGCCUUCGGCGCAGAAGCUCGCCUCGCUUGUCUUCUCCGCGAGCAUUGGACUGUCUACUGUGCUCGUUGAGCUGAUCCUGUGCGAGAUCUCGAACACGCUGAAUCCAGCUGCGCGCGGCCUGGCUUUGCGACUCACGUUAAGCUCGCUCUUGCUCUUAAGCGUCCUUAUCACACCAGCCCUGGAAAUCCAUGGACUAGCCAGGACGAUCUUGGGCACGCCAAAUGAUACCACCUCCACGCGCCGGACGAAGCCAAGAAUCCUGCUAGCUCUGCAAGCCGCACUCUUCGCCACCUGGCUUGUGCUGUUCUGGUACAUCCCCCAAACCUCCAUCCUCCGAGACCGACUGCAUAGUACCAAUACGCAUAUUGAACGCGAGCACGCCUUCACAGAAGCCUGUCUCGAGCGUGUCGGCAUCAUCGGCAUCUCGCUCAUGGGCUCCCUAGCCGGCUUUGCGGCGGUAUCCUCUCUCUGGCAGACCUUCGGCGUCCGGCACCGUCCCGUCCGCGAUGCCGAAAUCUCCCGCAAGCAAGCCGGUCUCGCCGCGACGGAGGAAAUGCUGCAAGCCAAGCAGAGUCGCCUCCGCGCGCUUCAGCGUAAGGUCUCCGAAGCUUCAUCCGCUUCCGAGCAAUCAGGCUUCUUGGGCCGAGUAGUUGGCCAAUUCCGCGGCGGAAACAGUGACGUCCAGGAGCUCAAGGCCUUGCAGAUGGAAGUCUCGGGUCUGGAAACGAUGCGCUUCAACCUGUCCUCCUCCCUGGCCACGCUCCGGCAACGCCACGCAGAGCAAGCGCGCUCGCGAACCAGCGUCGGCACAGCGCUUUCGGUUGGCAACACGGCAUUCGCCAUCUACUGCGCCUACCGCAUCCUCGCCACAUCCCUCUCCAGCUUGCGCCGGUGGUGGCAGCCCACGCACUCCUUCGCCACGAGCGAUCCAAUUAACAAUAUCCUCGCACUAUUGACCACUCAUUGGGACAGCAAUCUCGACCGCGCAGCUUGGUCUCGGCAGUUUUCGUUCCUACUCUCCGGCUUCAUGCUCCUCGCCUCCUUCAACGCCGUCCUGCAGACCUUCCGUCUCUUCUCACGUUUCGCACCAGGACUGCUACAGCAUGCUCAGACAAGCUUACCGCUGGUCAUCAGUCAGAUUGCGGGGACAUAUGUCAUCAGUUCUGCGCUACUGCUGCGGAGUAACUUGCCGGAGGAAGUUGGGGGCGUGAUUAGUGAGGCGUUGGGGGCGCCGCUCGAGGGCCGGUUUGUGGAGGGGUGGUUUGAAAGUUGGUUUUUGGUUGCCGUGGGACUCACUGCGACCGGCAUUUUGGUUGGACGGAAGGUAGGCGGCUCGGGUGAGGAGUGGGAUGAUGAUGAUAUGGGGUGGGAGAUGGGGAGUAAGAGGAGCUGAUUACUGACGCAACGCCGUGGAUGCAAGGUCUAUCUAUGAUACAGAUGCUGGCCAAGCAUCA